GCAGGUUGUUAGCUCGUCUUGCGGUUUUGUGGCUAAUUGGUGCAAAGUGAAAAGUGAGCAAAAAUACAGUCGUAUUACAUAACUUUGAUCGGAAAUCAGUAAGAAGUAGUGUACGGUGCUUAAAUACAGUGAAAAUGGACGUGGCCGUAAAACAGGAAAUCAAUGGUUCGCCAUUGCCUCAGCGUCCCCAACAGCAGCAACAUGGUGGAACUCCGGGACCAAUGCAUGGUAAUAACCAACCUGGUGCCGACCAGCAUGGCCCUGGUGGACCGGCCAACAAGAAUAUGAACAGAAACAACCGCAACAAUAGCAAGAACCGGCCCAGCAUGCCGAUUCGCAAUCGCGGUCCGGGUGGUGCUGGUGGUGGUGGUGGUGGCGGCGGCGGAGGUAGCGGCGGUAACAGUAACAAUGGAGGUCCAGGAAACAAUCGUCCCGGCAACAAUGGAGGAAAUCCUCAGCAUAUGGGUGGAGAAGACUUUGGGCCUAACCAACAUCAGAACCGUGGAGGCAUGAAUCGUGGCAACAAUCGCGGUGGAAAUGAUAUGGACAACAAUUUCGGCGAACGUCGUCGCGGUAGCGAAGCAUAUUUCAUCAGCGAGAAACUGCGAAUGCUCGCCGGUCCCUUGCUGGAAAUCCCUCCGAUUGAGGCACAUGACGCAAAAUUUUCGGGCCGUAAUCGGCUGUACGUCGGUAAUUUGACAAACGAUGUAACGGAAGAGGAGCUAAUGGAAAUGUUCAAACCGUUUGGUGAGAUUAACGAGGUGUUCAUGAACAAGGAGAAAAACUACGCCUUCGUGCGUGUAGAUUAUUUCUCCAAUGCAGAAGAAGCAAAGCGAAGCCUCGACGGUACUACGCGUAAGAAUCGUGUGCUGCGCGUACGAUUUGCUCCGAAUGCGACCGCAAUUCGUGUGAAGAAUUUGACACCGUACGUAACGAAUGAGCUGUUGUACAAAUCGUUCGAGGUGUUUGGACCGCUCGAGCGAGCAGUCGUGCAGGUGGAUGAGCGUGGAAAGCCAACCGGAGAGGGUAUUGUUGAGUUCAAAAACAAACCCGGCGCAUUAGCAGCUAUCCGGUUCUGCACAGAAAAAUGCUAUUUCCUCACGACGUCACUGCGGCCAGUCAUUGUGGAACCGUACACAUAUCAGGACGACAAUGAUGGUCUGCCUGAAAAAUCUCUAAACAAGAAGCAGAGUGAAUUUUUGAAAGCACGUCAACAAGGACCGCGCUUCGCCGAACAUGGAUCUUUCGAGUUCGAGUAUGGGCAACGUUGGAAGCACAUGCACGAGUUAUUUAAGCAGAAAGCUGAAUCACUAAAGCGUGAGAUGAUCAUGGAAGAAGAAAAGUUGGAAGCACAGAUGGAGUACGCUCGAUUCGAGCAGGAAACCGAACAGCUGCGAGAGCAGCUGCGUCAACGCGAAAUGGAUCGUGAUCGGCAGAAAGCCGAAUGGGAAAUGAAGGAACGUCAGGUGCAGGAGGCGCGUCAGCGCAAUGAUAUCCAGAUGAAAACAGAUAUUGAAGAAAUGACUAACAGAAUCAAACGGUCGGACGAAGAAUUGCACCGCAGACAAAAAGAAAACACCAUGUUCAUGCAGAACCGUCAGAUGAUGGAACAACAGCAAAUGAACGACAUGGGCAUGGGAAGCGGAGGUGAUACCGGUGGUGGUAUCGACAACCGCCGCAACUUCGACAUGAUGAACCAAGGAGGCGGCAAUGGUAACUUUGGCAAUAUGGAACCGACUGUCCGAGAUUACGAUCACGGUCAAAACCGACCGACUCGGUUCGACGAUGGACCGCAACCACAGCAACAGCAACAGCAGCAGCAGCAGCAGCAGCAGCAAAUGCAUCAGCAACAGCGUGGCAACAAUUUCGGAGGCAAUCGUAACAAUUGGAUGAACAAUACGCCUGAUCGUCGAUUGAACAGUGAUGAUUUCCAAAACAAGCGUAGACGCUUCUAAAGAGGAAUAUCAUGAUGUAGAUGGCCAGGAGGAGGAAGUCGGGUGUAAUUUUGUUUCUAUUUUCUUCAUUUUAUGGCAACCACAUCGAACUUCAUCUUGUAUCAGAUGAUCAUGUUUACGAACUCUAUCGUAUGCAACAACAAACUGCUGUGCAUUGUCAGUCUGCCGUUAAACAUAGCAGCAUAAAGAAGAAUUCUUUAAUACUGGCUACCACCGACUGCAUCUUCGUCGACUCUUGAAAAGCACGAAUUUGAACGAUUUAAAAUAUGACGAUUUUUUAUGUCAAUCGAUGCUGUACCCUUAUUCCUUUUUGGCAAUUGAGAGUACCGAUCGAUUCUAUGCUCGGAUUUGGUAAUGAUUAACAUUAUUCUAUUGGCGACAUUAUAAAUCCAACAUUACUACUACGAGCAUAUUGAUCUCUUUGGGAUGGAAUAACCGUAUUGUGUUUUUAUAUUUCUUGAUCAACCGUAAUAUUUUACGGUAAUGCGGGGGAAAAUGUGGAUUAAGGAUACAAAUUAUAGUACAGGGCAGUUCGAUGCCCCCGCGACACACAAAUUAAUCGCGUAAGAUAAAUCAACCAUAUUCAUGGUUCGACCUUCACGUCUGUCUCGAAGGAAGAUCACCGUAUGUAUGUAUGACCAUUUUAAACCCCUGAACACUACAUAACCAUUUAGUUAAGAUUGCAAGUUAUGGCCUCUCAACGCUCUGUCUACAAGAAUAAAUACACACAACCGCAUUAACAACAAUUCGAAUCCAUAAUAAUUACAGCGUCGUCCAACAACCUUCUUUCAAAUGUGAAUUAGAGAUAACAGCACGCACGCGUGAAUCUCGUAUUCACCAGGGCGAAUAAUUCGGUGGGUUCAAUUAAAACGCAAAUCUGCUGAAGAAAUGUUCACCUUUACGUCUAUGUGUAUAGAACAACACUGAUCGUUAUAAAGCCUAGCAAUUGGUAUGUGUGUGGAGAUGCCUUGCUGCAUUACGUAGAAUAGAAUGCAAUACUUGACAUCGAAUCAUUGGUGCGUGUUUGUUUGACAGCGGGAUGUCGAACAUGAAAAAGUUAGCCAAAAUGUUCUCUUUCCUAAGAAGAGAUAAAACAAAAAAAAGUUCAAAUCUAAUAAUCCGUUCCUACAGUCAAGCACGUGCACUACUGUACUCAGUCAAGUUAAAGCAUUCGAAAAGUAACGAUCAGAGGGGGGCACUCUUAUUAGAUAAUUAGUUUUACACAUAAGAUUUUGUUUACUAUCUUUACGUACACCUAGGCAGUUUACUGAUACACAUGAAAAAAUAUUGCCCUUCAUCCUGUGCUUCAGUUAUAAAAAGAUGUAUUAAUUUACGUCCGUUUUUUAACAUGCAACUGAUCCACCAAGGGGUGAGAUUGGAGCCAUGUGCACGAUACGGUGUCUAAGUAAUUAACAGAAUAAUUAAUGCGAGUCGCAGCUGGUGUGGCGAAUCAAUGAUUGAUAUUUAGUUAGUAGUCAAAUGAAGCAAAGAAAAGCGUCUCUUCAGCUUAUAUAUUCAAUACAACACCUUGUGAACAAUAUAAAGAUUAUGCUAUAGUAACAAUUGACCAGCGUUAGUAGUGUCUUUAUUGAAAGAUGGUUAAAAACAUUUAAUUGUAAAUGCUUUGAUUCGGAUUAAUUUAAUUUUCCUGUGAAGCUGUUAACCUUUGAUUUUUUUAUCGGUCACUUGUUUGAUUUUUUUCUGAUUGCUUUUUAGUAGUUACCCUAACAAACAUUGUUUAUUAUCUUCGGUUGUUAUUCAUUCAUUAGUUUUCAGUUUAAUGUUACUCAUCUGAACUUUUUUUUAUUUUGCUUAUCCU